AUGGAUCCCAAGCAAGAAGGCGUGGCAGAAGUUGCCCGCAUUGAAGAUGCGAGGCUCGAUGACCCGACACAGGGCGAGUACGACAAAACCCUGUCAGCUGAAAUGAUCAACCAGGAUCAUAUGGAACUAUACCUGGAAGCGAUCCAAAAAUACCCCAAUGACGAGGCCAUUGAUCAGGAAGAAGAAAGGCGAUUGAAACGAAAGCUUGACUUUCGAUUGAUCCCUCUUCUCGGAAUCUGCUAUUUCUUCUACUAUGUAGACAAAACGACCCUCUCUUAUGCAGCCAUUUUUGGAAUCAAAAAUGACCUCCAUCUCCAAGGCACGGACUAUUCCUGGCUAUCGAGUAUCUUCUACUUCGGCUGGCUCGCCUGGGCGAUACCGUCUAAUCUGAUCAUGCAAAGACUACCCCCUGCAUGGUAUCUCGCGGGCAAUAUUUUCAUGUGGGGUGCCCUACUCAUGUGCGAGGCUGCAUCUAAGAACUUCGCGACUCUUGCUGCCCUUCGAGUGCUUUCUGGAGCGUUUGAAGCUAUUGCGGAUCCGGCUUUCAUGCUUGUCGUCUCGACUUAUUAUACUCGAGAGGAGCAGCCGUGGCGGAUUGCAGGUUAUUACCUCUGGAAUGGUAUCGGUGUGGCUGGUGGUGGCCUAAUUGGUUACGGUAUUGGCCACAUCAAGGGAGCUCUUGAGUCGUGGCGCUAUGAGUUCAUCAUCGUCGGGGCUGUCUGCGCAGCCUGGGGUAUUGUGUUAGCCCUCCUACUGCCCAACUCACCUACCAGUUUCUGGGGAUUUUCUCACGAGGAGAAACUCAUGAUGAUUGCUCGCAUCCGAAAGAAUCAGACUGGUAUCGAGAAUCGAAGAAUCAACUGGGAUCAGAUCAAAGAGGCUUACCUGGAUUACAAGACAUGGAUAUAUUUUUUCCUAGGUUUCGUUAGCAAUAUCCCCAAUGGUGGAAUCUCCAACUUCUCUACCUUGGUCAUUCAGGGUCUUGGAUUCGAUACUCUGCACACCACACUGCUCGGUAUUCCACAGGGUGUGAUUGUAGUGAUUUGGAUUGUUCUGGGAGCCAUUUGCAACCAGUACCUUCCUAAGAACAGCCGAACCUUGGUCGCUGCUAUCUUCAUGCUCCCAACCAUCGCUGGUGGUCUCGGUUUUCUUCUCGCCCCAAAGAACGCUUAUGUUGGCCGCUUGAUCUGCUUCUAUCUCACUGGCUCAUAUCAAGCCUCGUUCGUCGUGUCCCUCUCCAUCAUCACCUCCAACACAGCUGGACAAUCCAAGAAGAUGAUCGUUUCUGGCAUGAUCUGGUUCGGCGUCUGUGUCGGCAACAUCUCCAGCCCUUUCUUCUACAAGUCCAACCAAGCUCCAACCUAUCGUUUAGGUAUCGGCUCUCUUCUGGUUGCGAACUGUAUCGAGCUUCUCAUCUUCGUCCUACUGCGAUAUGUGUACAUCUGGGAGAAUCGUGCCAAGGAACGGGAACGGGAAAUCCUGAGAGAGCGUGGAGAAAUGGAUGCUUUCACGCAGAAUGCCACUGCCUUUAGGGACAUGACGGACAAGCAAAACCCAAAUUUCGUAACCUUCAGAAGGCGUGUGCAGCGUCGAGAGUCACGAGGGAUCCUUUCACAUGUGCUAAUCAGCAUCACGGAGACGCACAAGACUCAUGCUCCCAGAAGGGACUUCAUGCUUGUGCUGCUUGCAGAUUGGUAUUGCAAGGAACCAUGGGAAGUUGAGCAGCGUGAACCUGCCUUUGUGGUUGGCUCGACACCUGGUCUCGUGAUGGCAAAUGGCGCGAAUCUGUAUGCCUUCCUGCAAGUUGGUCUCAAACAAAUAUGGGAGAAUGUACCUGCAAUCGACCUACUUCAAUUGGCGGACAAUGAAGGCAGCAACACCUCCCAAGACAUUCGUCUGCUUUUAGCAGCGACCAAAGACUCUAACCACUAUGUCAAUACUAUCGCCUGUCUUCCUGAUCAGUAUCAGGGACACCUCUAUCUAAAUAUCAGUGCUCUGGACGAUCGUGGCGGCCAGAACCCUUUUGAUACUCCUGAUAGCGCUCUAUUUCCUCCCUGA